CUUCCCACCCGACCCCCAACCCCCAUCCCCAGUUGGAGCCGCCGCCCGAGAGGCCGGGCCGUCGUCUUGGGAGGAGUCCCCGCCGCCGUCACCUCCGCCAUGGAGCUCAUAACCAUCCUCGAGAAGACCGUGUCUCCGGAUCGGCUGGAGCUGGAAGCGGCGCAGAAGUUCCUUGAGCGUGCGGCUGUGGAGAAUCUGCCCACGUUCCUUGUGGAACUGUCCAGAGUGCUGGCAAAUCCCGGAAACAGUCAGGUUGCCAGAGUUGCAGCUGGUCUACAAAUUAAGAACUCUUUGACAUCGAAGGAUCCAGAUAUCAAGGCACAGUACCAGCAGAGGUGGCUUGCUAUUGAUGCUAAUGCUCGGCGGGAAGUCAAGAACUAUGUUUUGCAGACUUUGGGCACAGAGACUUACCGGCCUAGUUCAGCCUCACAGUGUGUGGCUGGUAUCGCUUGUGCAGAGAUCCCAGUAAGCCAGUGGCCGGAACUAAUUCCUCAGCUGGUAGCCAAUGUCACCAACCCCAACAGCACGGAGCACAUGAAAGAGUCCACACUGGAAGCCAUCGGUUACAUUUGCCAAGAUAUAGACCCGGAGCAGCUGCAGGAUAAAUCCAAUGAGAUCCUGACUGCCAUAAUCCAGGGCAUGCGGAAGGAAGAGCCUAGUAACAAUGUGAAGCUGGCCGCUACCAACGCGCUCCUGAACUCACUGGAGUUCACCAAAGCAAACUUCGACAAAGAGUCUGAACGGCACUUUAUCAUGCAAGUGGUCUGUGAAGCCACACAGUGUCCAGAUACAAGGGUAAGAGUGGCUGCUUUACAGAAUCUAGUGAAGAUAAUGUCCUUGUAUUACCAGUACAUGGAGACAUACAUGGGCCCUGCCCUCUUUGCAAUCACAAUUGAAGCAAUGAAAAGUGACAUUGAUGAGGUAGCUCUCCAAGGGAUAGAGUUCUGGUCCAAUGUCUGUGAUGAGGAAAUGGAUUUGGCCAUUGAGGCUUCAGAGGCAGCAGAACAAGGACGGCCCCCGGAGCACACCAGCAAAUUUUACGCCAAGGGAGCGCUGCAGUACCUGGUGCCCAUCCUCACACAGACACUAACUAAACAGGAUGAAAACGAUGACGACGAUGACUGGAACCCUUGCAAAGCAGCUGGGGUGUGCCUCAUGCUCCUGUCUACCUGCUGUGAAGAUGACAUUGUGCCACAUGUCCUUCCCUUUAUUAAAGAGCACAUCAAGAACCCUGACUGGCGGUACCGGGAUGCAGCAGUGAUGGCUUUUGGCAGCAUCUUGGAAGGACCAGAGCCUAACCAGCUUAAACCAUUAGUCAUACAGGCUAUGCCCACCCUGAUAGAAUUAAUGAAAGACCCCAGUGUAGUUGUUCGAGAUACAACAGCAUGGACUGUGGGCAGGAUCUGUGAGCUGCUGCCUGAAGCUGCCAUCAAUGAUGUCUACUUGGCACCCCUUUUACAGUGUCUGAUUGAGGGUCUCAGUGCUGAACCCAGAGUGGCUUCAAAUGUGUGCUGGGCUUUUUCCAGUCUGGCUGAAGCUGCUUACGAAGCUGCAGAUGUAGCUGAUGAUCAGGAAGAACCAGCCACCUAUUGCUUGUCUUCUUCCUUUGAACUUAUAGUUCAGAAGCUGCUGGAGACCACCGACAGACCUGAUGGACACCAGAACAACCUGAGAAGUUCUGCAUAUGAAUCUCUAAUGGAAAUUGUAAAAAACAGUGCCAAGGAUUGUUACCCUGCGGUGCAGAAGACCACCCUGGUCAUUAUGGAACGGUUGCAGCAGGUGCUUCAGAUGGAGUCCCACAUCCAGAGCACGUCGGACAGGAUCCAAUUCAAUGACCUCCAGUCUCUACUCUGUGCAACUCUUCAGAAUGUUCUCCGGAAAGUGCAGCAUCAAGAUGCUUUGCAGAUCUCUGAUGUGGUCAUGGCCUCCCUGUUAAGGAUGUUCCAAAGCACAGCUGGGUCUGGCGGAGUGCAAGAAGACGCCCUGAUGGCAGUCAGCACACUGGUGGAAGUGUUGGGUGGUGAAUUCCUCAAGUACAUGGAGGCCUUUAAACCAUUCCUGGGCAUUGGAUUGAAAAAUUAUGCUGAAUACCAGGUAUGUUUGGCAGCUGUUGGCUUAGUUGGAGACUUGUGCCGAGCCCUGCAGUCUAACAUCUUACCUUUCUGUGAUGAGGUGAUGCAGCUGCUCCUAGAGAACUUGGGGAAUGAGAAUGUCCACAGGUCUGUGAAACCACAGAUUCUGUCUGUGUUUGGUGACAUUGCUCUUGCCAUUGGUGGAGAAUUUAAGAAAUACUUGGAGGUUGUACUGAAUACACUGCAGCAGGCCUCCCAAGCCCAAGUGGACAAGUCAGACUUUGACAUGGUGGAUUAUCUGAAUGAGCUAAGAGAAAGCUGCUUGGAAGCUUAUACGGGAAUCGUCCAGGGAUUGAAGGGAGACCAGGAAAACGUACACCCUGAUGUAAUGCUGGUGCAACCCAGAGUAGAAUUUAUUUUGUCUUUUAUUGAUCACAUUGCUGGAGAUGAGGAUCAUACGGAUGGAGUGGUAGCUUGUGCUGCUGGACUGAUAGGGGACUUGUGUACAGCAUUUGGAAAGGAUGUACUGAAAUUAGUAGAAGCUAGGCCAAUGAUCCAUGAACUAUUAACUGAAGGGCGGAGAUCGAAGACUAACAAAGCAAAGACCCUUGCUACGUGGGCAACAAAGGAACUGAGGAAACUGAAGAACCAAGCUUGAUCUGGUACCAUUGGGAUGAUGACCUGAGACCCCCACUGGAAAUCUCCAAUCUUUUGAAAAAACCCGGAAGUGAGGAGUGUGCACGGAUGCUGAAUGUUUGGGAAUGAGAGGAUGAGUGAGUGAGGCUUGAAAACACCACACUGAAAAUCCUGCCACAGCCAACAGCAGCAGCGCUGUUAGUGAGCUAAGUAAGCACUGACUUUGUAGAAAACAUAACAUCAGCCAUCUUGGAACAGAGAAACAAUGGAUUUACUUACUUAUUAAAAACAAAAAAAGCUGUCUCUUCCCAGGGGAAGGCUAGAACUAGCUUUCCUAUCUUGGCCGGUGCCGAAUGGGAUGACUGAUUUGGGAGAGGAGGACCUGGGUUCACCUGUGGGGCUGUGUUGUGAAAGGCAACCCUGGCCCCCGCUACUGAGGAGAAAGAUGGAGCCCGGGUCUUGAGCCCACCUUCACUGUACCGUUGCACUUGGUACUGUAUAUGUGCCCUUGAGAAGGCGCGUGGGGGAUUUCACAGUCUGAGAAUGAGUGUGUGUGAGUGAGGCGGUACCCACAUUCUCAACUUCAAGUCAUUGCAGUUUCUUUUUCCCAGAAGACAAAGGGGUUUGAUGUUGCAUUUCAUAAACUAACUGAAGUUCUGGCUACUGAUGCAGCACAAGAGGCUGUCUCACAAAACGAGGAAAGACGCUGUUUAUGUUUGGUUUGGUUUCAUUUUAAUUAUUCUAGGGAAAACACUGACGAAUGGUCAGAGUUCCUGUCCUGAUCUUUUCAUCAAGGCGCCUUUCCUGAUAAUAUGGUUCAGCUGUGAAUGUAGCUAUGGGGGGAGGGGGGAAAAAAGAAAACUCUGGAGUUAGAGGAUAUAGAAAAUUAAAAGUACAGUUGUUACAAAUAAAACGCAGACUUCAAAG